AUGGCGACGUUUUCGAAUGCUUCCGAGCCAUUCUACGAUGGACUGACAGAUUCUUCUCCGCGAGCCUUUCGCAAUCCUCCGUUGAACCGACAGAUGGGAAGAAAUGAAGGAUAUGGAGGUGCCAAUCAGCCAAUGUUUGGCAACGAAGGUCCCCUCCCGUCCAUGCGCUUUGAUAACAUGAGAGACAAUUUUGGCGCGCCGAUGCCAAAUCCAGGUGCUGGAAAUGUGCAUUUCCCCUACGAUCCAGGCGCGGCGCAGACUUGGAAUUCUACUGCCCCUUCCAACAUGCAGUCUUUUGGCAACGGUAUGGGCACAAUGCCUCAAAACCCCACCUAUGGGCCAUCUCGAGGCAUAAAGCCAAGUCGCGGCCGUGCCGCCAUCUCCAAUCUAUGGUUCCAAGACCAACCCGGUCCACUUCAACAGCCCCAGCAACACCCUUCUCUUGUUGGCCCUCGAGCUGGAGCUCAAGGCCGUAAUGAUCCUAACGAAGACGACGAUGAAUUGAUCCCGACAGCCAUAGUAAUCAAAAACAUCCCCUUUGCUGUCAAGAAGGAGCAGCUCGUUCAGCUUAUGGUUGACAUGAAUUUGCCAUUGCCCUACGCGUUCAACUACCAUUUUGAUAAUGGCGUGUUCCGAGGAUUGGCCUUUGCGAACUUUACCUCGCCACAGGAGACUGAACAGGUCAUCCAAGCGCUGAACCAUAUGGACCUGAGUGGACGCAAGUUGCGAGUCGAGUACAAAAAGAUGCUUCCCUUGGCAGAGCGUGAACGCAUCGAAAGAGAGAAGCGUGAGCGUCGUGGUCAAUUGGAAGAACAACACCGGCCAGUGCCCCAGUCGCAGCUUCACAAUCAACUCUCGCUGUCAUCCAUCCCAAGAAACACACCUUCACCCUUGUCGCAUCGCGGCGGCGGCAAGCCUGAUAUCGACAUGAACGAUCCCAAAACCCUGGAAUUCUACACCGAAAUGACUCUCUUCAAGAGAGAUGUGAGCCGCGAGGUGCUCAUCUUCCCUCCUACCCUGGACCCUGCCUCUCGCCGAAUCGUCCAUACGCUUGCACACCAUAUGGGGCUGAUGCACACUUCUCGUGGGAGUGGCGAUCAGCGCCAAGUGCAUAUCCAUCGAGCCGCGCCAGGGACCAAUGUCAGCCCGCCCCUUCCUGGUCCUUUCGGCAGCAAUGAUGGUUUGAGGCAAACUCUUGGUCGCUCUUCCACUGCCGAUUUCGCCGAGAGCAGGCAGUAUGAGGGCCCCGUCUUCAACACCUUGCGCGGCCAGUCGUCUGUCGGCCUCUUGGAUGUCGACUCAAAUGCUUUCAAUAGAGUCGCUGAUAAUAACCUUCGCAAUGCAAAGUCGUUCGCGGACCUGCGCUCCUGGAGCCCGUCACCAGUUCCUUCCUCUGCCAGCUUUCCAGCUGCUCUGCAGACCAACGGGGCACGUCUUCAGGGCUUGAACGACACCGCCGGCUCUAAUACACCCACAUUGCCACCGAACAGCUCCAGCCAAGGUGCCAACAGAGACGAACCUUUUUUGAUCUCCGCCUUCAACAACAUGUCAGUUAACAGUGGAGGAAACCAGACCAGUCCUAGACGUCAACGAAGCUUUUUCGGCAACGGGUCCGAAUGGAACGACAACCCGAAUUAUCAAGGCGCUGGCCCUAUUGGCAGCAAACGAACAGUCAGCAUCGGACCCGAGUCAACUUCGCAAACUUCCAACCCGAUGCGCCAGUCACGAGGACCCAGUGCCAACAACACUAUCGGAUUUCGCCGCCAAAAUGGACGUGGCAGUGACGAAUUGAGGGCGGCCGCUUCAGCGAUCGCCGAAUGA